AGAAACGACACCGGAUCUUAUUCGCGCACGUUUCUAAAUUAGUGUCUUGUCUGUAUUUUAUUGUCUUCGUACCGAAGUCAAACAAAAAAAACAAUAUCCACCGCCACGUGUCCAAAUCGCAGGAGCUUCUGGAGGAGGAUAUAUCUCGGACUCGGAGGUUCCCGGUCUGCAACACGAAUCCGAAACAACCAGGAGAACAAGAAGAUAUUUUAAACAUUCUUAUCGGAUUAAAGAGAGAGAUUUACGAGUUUUGAGAAGACAAAGCUAUGACUAUGGCGAAAGAUGAGUCACACGCUUCCGUUGAAGGCGGAUGUGUUGUUGCCGGCGGCGCGGCUGAGAUCGGCGGUAACGGAACCGAGCACGGUGUCUUCGGCGGAUCUGUUGAGAAAUCGAUUCACGAAGUUAGGUCCACGGAGAACAUAUCAUCUGAGGCAGAUGCUUCAACGGUCCUUCCAAGUCAGCUUACUAUUUUCUUUGGUGGGAGUGUUACUGUGUUCGAUGGACUCCCAGCAGAAAAGGUUCAAGAAAUCCUUCGUAUUGCUGCUAAAGCCAUGGAGACAAAUAAUUCUACGAGCAUCAGUCAUGUCCCAUCGCCAGCACUUAACAGAGCUCCUUCUUUCUCAAGCACAUCUAAUGUAGCUUCACCAGCUGCACAAUCAUUUCCCAUUCAGCCAAUUUCGUUUUGCAGAUCCGCGGCUGAUCUACCUAUUGCAAGGAGGCAUUCGCUUCAACGAUUCCUCGAGAAAAGACGGGACAGAUUGGUCAACAAAAACCCUUACCCUACCUCCGACAUAAAAAAGACAAAUGUGCCAAUAGGCAAUGCCUCUAUCAAGGAGGAGUUUCCGACUGAUUAGCAGAAGAUGAAACCUCAGGGUUACAAUAAGCUUUUAAAGCAAACUAAGUAAAACUUUAUGUCAAUAUGGUUGAUAUGGUAAUCUAUCAUGUAUGCUGCUGUGUGUUGUUUGAUAGUCGUGUUCUGUAUAGGUUUGUUAGACAAACCAAAGAUUUGUUUGCAUGUCUCUGGAGUGGUCAGACAUGUUUGUCUUUUUACGAGUUGCUUUAAGGGCAGACGAUCAUCUCUACUGAAAAAACUACUAUUGUGGAUUUAGUAAUACUCUUGUUGUUAUGUACUUGGUGUCUUUUCAAGACAAUUUGUGUUAUAAAGUAAUGAAAUCUUUGUUGUUA